ACGCGACGAUUUUUUAUUCGCAUUCUGUGAUCAAACUUCGACCACGAGGGAGUGAAGUAGCCGCCAUUUGCAGAAAGAGUUUAGUGCAGCGCAAGUCACAUCAAAAUGCCGCCUAAACGUCGCGUAAAACUACCACAAAGUGACACAGAAAAACUGCAACGCGAAGGUGCCAAUGCGAAGAACGUUGGUUAUCUCAAGGAAAAGUUGGCGCAGAUCCAGAGCCAACUAAAGGAAGAGGAAGGGCGUGCGGGAACCAGUGCUGAUAACAGCCUUUCCGACGAGGACGCGAUGGAAAACGGAAUUCCUACCGAUGAUGAGCUUGUCCGCCCACCGUCACCGGCCAGAAGUGAUGGACUUGAAGGACAAGAUCUGGAUGAGAAUGGUGAGGAGUCAUCUCAGGAACGUUCUGUUUUAAUGGAUGAUCUCGAAGAAGUCAACUCUGCUCAAGACAUCAACUCAGAGGAGCGUUCAUUUGCGGAUGAAAGCAGCAGUUCCCGAGACAUUUUUGAAGAUUCUCCACGUGCUGCCAUCCCACCAUCAAAUCAGCUCAACAAGGAUGCUCCCGAACCAGAGGGCGAACGAAUCGAAGAAGUUGUUCCGAAAGCGGAAUAUGACAAGCUUUUUCAAAAGCUGUCGAAAAAACGUGUGGAAUACCUAAAUCUCCGGAAGAGGUUCCAGAAAUUGGAGAUCCAGUACACCGAGCUGAAAGAGGUUUGCAGCGACCAAGCCAAGGAGAACUACAAACUCAGAAACGAUGGAGAAGAAGUCGAGCUCUUUGCUGCUGAGGACGGGAUUCAACUAACAUCGGUGCAGAUUAAGGAUAUCUCGCUUGCGUCCAAAAAUCCAUUCGUUUUCGCGCAAAACCUGGCGGUGGCAAUAUUUGGACCGCAAACAUUACGUCAGAUGUCAGUAACUGGACGAGCUUGGACCCAAUCGAGCGACAAAAUCGCCAAACCAAAGAUACCAGAAAACGUGCUGACCUUUAUCUACAGUAAAGUUCUCGAGCGUGUUAUGUUCGAAAAGGGUCCGAACAAGUCCGCAGUUCUGGCAUCGGCGAAGCCGGCACAGAUAAAUCGAGCCUUAGCGGAAAAAAUCAGUAAUCUGAGAAAGGCACACCGCUUGCGUCUGGCGAAUGAGCGGGCGGCGUGCGCUCCAUAUCUACCUCCAGCACAGAGCUCAGACGAUGAAGAGCCUGGACCAGCCCUCCCAGGAAAGCUGCCCAAAGCAUCGGCUGGCCGGUCAGAGAAAAAAAGCGACACGCAAUCGGGAGCAACCGGGAUCAAAGAGAAGCCGUCGCAGAACCAACCAGAUGACCAGUUCGUGGCACCAGCAGGCCUUGGAAAGACGGCCAGGACUGACUCCAUGCUGCAUCGCAAAUCGCUGGCACAAACGCAGCCUGUUUCCGAUCGAUUGGUGCCAACUAAGAACAGAUCUAUGUUGGAGACCAUGUCGUCUGGGCAAUUAUCGCAGCCAGUAGGACGUCCAUUUGAUACCAAGGAGGUAUCACAAAAAUCGGAGCUCGGCAAGGUGGAUGAGAACCGAAAGUCCAGCAGCCAUAUCCAGCCGCAGCGACUCCAACCGGAGGUAGCGAACCGAUCGCUGCAUUCCCGCGUCGAGAACAAUCGCGCCCCACAGAAGAAGAACAGCGACUCGCAGAAGAUCAGCGACUCGCAGAAGAAGAUCAGUGACUCGCAGAAGAAGAUCAUCUACUCGCAGAAGAUUAGCGACUCGCAGAAGAAGAUCAUCUACUCGCAGAAGAAGAUCAUCUGCUCGCAGAAGUAGAUCAGCGACUAACAUAAGAAGACCAUCUGAAGAGUCAUCGAACCGCCAUGAACUGCGUUUUUUUUGUUUUCUGUGAACAAAACUUGUUAUCAAUCUAUUAUUUCUAAACGUUAAGUUUGAGCUUUUAAGCGAAUUAACCUACAUUGAAAUCUUGCUUAAUCUACAUUCGAAUCAAUGUAAUUCAAUCGUUUUAAUAUCAGUAAUAUCUGCUGUUAUCGUAUCGCAACGUAUCGUUCUAACCGUUAUAAAGACAAUAAAAACACAUUAAAAUCUGA